CGGAGCCAGCCGUGCUGAGCAGGAGCGAGGAGAUCCGGGCGGGGUAUGCUCCCCGAUGGCACCUGCACCAGGCUCCCGGGCGGUGCAGGCAGCCACAGCGGCGGCAGCCACAGCGGAGCCAGCGGCGCUUUGGAGGAGGCGGCGGCGAGGGGCAUGGACUCGGGCGGCAGGAACUCCUCUGGUGCCCCGAACAGCACCCUGAGCGAGUCCCAGGGCAGCGCCAUCCUCAUCUCUUUCAUCUACUCUGUGGUGUGCCUGGUGGGGCUGUGUGGCAACUCCAUGGUCAUCUACGUGAUCCUACGCUAUGCCAAGAUGAAGACAGCCACCAACAUCUACAUCCUUAACUUGGCCAUUGCAGACGAGCUGCUGAUGCUUAGUGUUCCCUUCCUGGUCACUUCCACCUUGCUGCACCACUGGCCAUUUGGCUCUCUGCUCUGCCGCCUGGUGCUCAGUGUGGAUGCCAUCAACAUGUUCACCAGUAUCUACUGCCUGACUGUGCUCAGUGUGGACCGCUACAUCGCUGUGGUGCACCCCAUCAAGGCGGCCAGGUACCGCCGGCCCACCGUGGCUAAGAUGGUCAACCUCGGUGUUUGGGUGCUUUCCAUCCUCAUCAUCCUGCCCAUCAUCAUCUUCUCCAAUACAGCAGCCAACAGUGAUGGAACGGUGGCUUGCAACAUGCUCAUGCCAGAGCCCACCCAGAGGUGGCUGGUGGUCUUUGUGGUCUACACCUUUCUGAUGGGCUUCUUGCUACCAGUGGUGGCCAUCUGCCUCUGUUACAUCCUCAUCAUUGCCAAGAUGCGCAUGGUGGCCCUGAAGGCUGGCUGGCAGCAACGCAAACGCUCGGAGCGCAAGAUCACCCUCAUGGUCAUGAUGGUGGUGAUGGUCUUUGUCAUCUGUUGGAUGCCCUUCUACAUUGUGCAGCUGGUCAAUGUCUUUGUAGAGCAGGAUGACGCUACCAUCAGCCAGCUCUCCGUCAUCUUGGGCUAUGCCAAUAGCUGUGCCAACCCCAUCCUCUAUGGCUUUCUCUCAGACAAUUUCAAGCGAUCCUUCCAGAGACUGCUCUGCCUCAGUUGGAUGGACAAUGCUGCAGAGGAACCCAUUGACUACUAUGCCACUGCCCUCAAAAGCAGGGCAUACAGCGUGGAGGACUUUCCCCCGGACAACUUGGAGUCAGGGAGCAUGUACAGGAAUGGCACGUGCACCUCCAGAAUUACUACGCUCUGAGGAAGCAUUCUUGCCCCCUGCCCCACCACCCCCCAGCAGGAGGGUGAGCGGAGCCAGUCUGUGGCAUGGGGAGGCUGGGAGGGAGGGGGUUUUGAUCCAGCCUACUAACAGCAGUGUUUGGGAGAAGAGGAAGAAAAGAAAACCCCAUGUCCUUGGUGUGCUGCCCCAUUCCCCUUGCCUCCUUUGAAACUGGGUGCAUUUGCUGAUGCUUUGACACCCCCUUAGUAAACUGCCAUGCAUAGCAUCUGGCAGCCAGGCUCUGCUAGCCCUGUCUGUCUGACAAGCAGGUCCAACAACAACUCUCCCCUUCUGUACAGGUCCCCUCUCCUUCCCAUAGCUGGUGAGACCCCCUGCCACUGAGCAGAGCCUGCUUCAGGUCGGGUUCAGACCCCCUUGACCAGUAGCAAACCUGCCCAGCAUCCAUGGGUAGGCACCUGCCAGUCAGAGAGCAGAAAAGCUGGGAAAGGUCCCUCCUGAACACAUCUGCCCUCUCCCAGAAAGCAGUCUCUCCCUGUUUCCCCAUGAGGAAAAAAAAAAAAAAAAAAAAAAAAAAAAAGGGAGCAAAAAGGCUCCAAGAAAAGGAGCAGCUUUUGCUCUGCAGACAGCUCCCACCUUCCUGGGGCUCAGGCUCUGUGCUGCGAUCACAGGCAGCAAAGCAGAAAAGCCCUUCAGAAAGGAACCUGAUUGUUGAUUGUUGCAGUGCCUCAGAACUCACAGCAGGAUGCCAGUAACAGGAGGUAAUGGAUCUGUGACCCACGGGGACAGAGCUGGGGGCAGGAGGAAGCCUUGUGCUGGGAGAGGUGCAAGUGCGUUCCUCCGCGUGAUGGAAUGUGCAAGUAAUAAAGUUUUAGGGGAGCACUAGACUGUAAAGUUAUUGUCUUGCACUGCUCCACUGGCCAUGAAACAGUGAUGAAGGGACUGAGACAGUUUUCAAUGACCUGAGUGGCCACAAAGUCACUUUAACUGACAUGGAAAAAGGGGAUUUUAUUCAAAAUCUCCACCAGGCUCUUAAAUAAAUACUUGACAGAAAAGUAGCUGUUUGACAAUAGCUAUUAGCCUAGCUCCAGUUUCUUCUGUUGCACUAUAAAGAGGGUUUCAUAAGUUGCCAAUGUAAUAUACUGGCCCAGAGCUUCAAAAUGUUUCAUUUCUGAGAAGCGUUGGUUUUAGUGUGUCAGAUGUCUUUUUAUUUGAUUUUUUUAUUCUUGUUACUGUGCUGUGAACGUGUUUCUCUGAAGCAAUUUAUGCUGUGUACUUAUGUCUGUGGUGACUACCUGCAAGAGUGCUUUUAAAAGGGGCAAUGCUCAAGAAGGCUUCUUUUCAGAGAAAAAGGUUGUGACUUUUUCUAAUUCUUUCAUCUACAUUGUCUCUCCCUGGAAAAACUUUCUUGAAUUUUCCCUUUUUUUCCUCCUCUGAAACAAUACUUUUCCCAUAAACAAAUGAGGAUUUACUGUUUGAUAAAUGACAGCUGAUUAAACAAACCCUCUCUCCCUCCUCCCCUCAUCCCAGCCGCACACACCAGGAUGAACCAUGUUGAAACAAGCAGCUCUGUCAGUUUGUUUUCUACCACCUGUAUUGACAGUAUCAUACAGUGGCAGGUGUCCCAGUAGCUGUGACAAAUCACUUUUCCAGCUCAGUGCUGUGGUGGUAUUAAUUAUAACUGCUGAGAGUUUGAAGCAAGGGAUUGGGAAAAAUCCUGGGUAGCAGCACACCCGUACCCUGCGCUGGUAGAAGCGCACGCCAUGCUGAGGGUGAGGCUGGCGGUGGAAGCAUCCAGUACCUGGUGGUGGACAUACUGCAGGUUCUUGUUAAACGGUACCUUUAACUUCGCUCAGCAGCAGUAACCAGGAGACUACUUUGUGCAUUUCUUUCACCAAAAAUUAGGUACUGUUAAAUGAAUGUAUAAAUUUAGUAUUUCAAAGUUGUUUGAUUCAAAGCCCAUUGAAAUGAGAGAAGAAAUACUACUUCAUUUCAGUGGACUCUGAGUCAGCCCUGUUUAGUUCCAAAAUUGCUGAUGUGGAAGCUGUUACAUACUUAUUAAAACAUUUUGUGAAAAGCUUUAA